CACUCGCCCACAGCAAGGGGCCGCGGUGCUGAAACACCCUGCGCUGCACUGAGAUGGAGAGGAGGGGAGGAGGGGGAAUGGAGUGCUGACAAAGACCACAGGCGCCGCCCCUCUCCAGGCUCUAUAUUACUCAAUCAAUGGCAGCCUCGAGGCUCCCAUCACUGCUGGCACUCGCUCUGCUUUCUGCUGCGUCUGCUGCCGCCCUGGAGCACCGCCAUUUGGUCACGAACGAGGAGAUUCUCGCUGGUGCUUUUCACGAUGCCGAGAAGGACGUGGUGGAGCAGUGCGGCGAAGACGAGUGCUGCUGUGUGGGCCCGUCACGGGCCUGCUGGGGCGUCUGCGGCCGAGAAAUCAACUCAGGUGAGUGAGUGAGGGAGAGAAGCCCGAUGAAAGACGAUGGAGUGCGGAAUGUGCUGUCGUCUGUGCGAGCAGGUGAGAUAAUGACCCGCCAGAGCUUCUUCUACGGCCGUUUCGAGGCCACCUUUCGCGCCGCUGGUGCGCCGGGCACACUGUCGACGAUCUUUCUGCUGUGGCCGCCGUCGAACCUGGAGGAGGGCUCCCAGUGGAAAGAAAUCGACAUCACCAUCAUGGGCAAAGGCGGCGGCGAGGAGCUGCACACCAACGUCGUCACGGGCAGCGCCUGGAGCGGCGACUUCGACAACUCCCUUGAGAUCCACAAGCAGGACCCGCCACUGGCAGACGAGAGCAGCGGCGACGGCGGCUUCCACAACUACACUGUCGAGUGGACGCCCGAGCGUCUGCGGUGGAUGGUGGACGACCAGCUGGUGCGGGAGGUGGAGGGCGACGUGGUGGAGAAGCUGGACCAGCCCAUGCACCUGCACUUCUCUCUCUGGGCCGUCAAGAAGGAACUCGCCGAGUGGGCCGGGGAGUUCUCUGCGGCCAACCUGCCACUGGAAAACGGUGAGCAUAGAGAAAUGCGCGGCCUGGAGAGAUUUCCUUUUCUGUCCACACGCAGAGUACAGGAGUGUGCGGAUCUUCAGCUAUGAUCCCGAGUCGUCGUCUUUCUCUCACGAGUGGACGGAUGACUUCAGCACCUUCAAUGACGAGCGAUGGGUGCGGCGGACGCACACCUUUCACGUCAAUCGGGCGCACUUCACUGCCGACGCCGUCACUGUCGACGGCGGCUCUCUUACGAUCGGCAUGAACGAGAUCGAUGGACUGGAACAUGUGCUCACAGAAGACGAAAUCGACAAGAGUGAGUCAGGACACACAGGCGAGAACCACCACCAGUAUCCGACCAUCCGUUUGGUCCGUCACGUGUGUCAGUUCUGGACACCUACGACUGCUUUGAGGAGGACACCGAUUUCGAUAUCAAGCCCCUGGCGGAUCACGACCCCCUGGGGGCUUCCGAGGCCUCGCCCCUCUCAUGCGCCAAGACUUGCCUGUCCACAUCUGGAUGCGAGUCGUGGUCACAAGGGCCGUGGGGGUGCUUCCUCAAAGGAGAUGUCCCCGCCGACGCACAGCGUGUCAAGCGGGACAACUACGUGUCGGGGCUCAGGAGGUGUCACGACGACGAUGCCGAUGACCAGACCGGCGUAACGACCACAGAUGUGACAGAAGAAUCGGCGGCCAAGUUCUCCCUCCCCGAUUCGUGUUUCGAGAAGGGCCUCGUGUACGAGGGCGGCGACCUCCCGCUGCCCGCCAACAUGACCGCCGUCGUGUCCAGCAAGGAGCAGUGCGCCGAGGCCUGCCACCUCAUCAAGGAAUGCGUCGCAUUCACGUUCGUCCAGACCGACGACGAGAGCGACCAGCCGGAGUGCUCGGUGCACGACGAGACGGCGAGUGAGAAGAAGGUCAACCUGGCUGGCACGGGCGUGUCUGGGCGGAUGGCGUGCGGGGGCGAGGGCGAUGAAGGUGAGGAAGGGGUGUUGGAGAUUGAUAGCGGUCCUGAACAGGUGGAGCUGCUGUCCUUGAGGGUGCUCGAUUUGGACUUUGGAAAGGUCACCACGGUGAGCCGAGAUGCAUGGAUGGAUGGAUGGAUCAAGAAAUGUGUCGCUCGUGUGUGUCUUUCUGGUCAGCAUGUGAGGAAUCGCAAGGCGGCCGAGAGCCGGCUGCGCAAGACGCUGAGUGAGUCCUUCGGUGUGGGUCAAAAGGAGGUGGAGAUAUUCAGGCUCGUCGAAGGAUCGGUCAUCGUGCUCUUCAGGUGACCCGGACACGCACGCGCGGAGAGAGGAGCAUUCGGCAAAGCUGCAUUGAUUUGUGUAUUCAGGAUCGGCAGCAACGCCCCUACAGCCCUGUCCGAGACGUGGUUCAAGCUGAUGCAGGACCCCUCGUCCCCGGUCAACCGCGACUUCAUCAUCGACCCGUCCUACCCACCCACGUCAUUCGUCCUGCUCACACCCACGCCCUCCCCAUCCACACCGCCCCCAGAGCUGGAAGAGCCGUCAGCCGCCGACAACGCAUCGUCGACACUCACCAGCUCGAACGAUCUGCAGCUGAAGCCGCCUUCAAAUGAAGAUGAGAGCCCGGAGGCGCCGUCAACAGAGGAGGGGGGAGGGGAGGGCGGGACGAAUGGUGACACAGAUGGCGGUGCUGAUGGUGAGAAAGAAGGCGGGAUGGGUCUGGGGCUCAUCACUACCGAGGGGGAGAUCUCGCCGACGAUGCGGUGGGUGCUGAUCGGGGGCGGCGUACUGCUCUUCUGGAUCGUCCUGGCGUCGUGCAUCUGGUUCGUCUACCUCCGGUGCAUGUGGUGGCGGCGGGCACUGGCUACAAGUGUGCGAACGUACUACCAGACCAACCAGAGGAUCAAAACCCGCCAGCAGAUGGCCGCCACACACGCACACACACACCGGAGCGGCCACGGACGCACCCCCAAGAAGACGCGCACCCACCACACCAGCUCUCACUCCACCAACCUGGGCCACGCCUCUGUGUCGUCCAUCUCAUCCACCCCGCCAUCAGCCACAUGGUCCCCCUUCCCACAGACCCUGUCCGACGACGGCAGCAUGACCCCUCCCCUGCAACGCCCCCCUCCCUCCUCGCCAAUGCACCCCUCCUCACACGACCCCCGCAACAGCCCGGCAGCGGGCAGGGGGGUCGGGCACAACGACCUCUUCCCUUCGGAUGAGGGCGAUGAGCACGUGGCCGACGUCACCCCGGCCGAGAGGGGGCGUCCGACGGAUAAUGGUGGAGAGGCUGGGUACGGCCCCACACCGAGAAGCGUCGCGGACCGCACGCGGCGGGCGAGAGGUGACGAUGGUGAUGGUGUGGGUGGUGUGGAGGCUGUGGGGUUCCCCGAUCCGGCUCCGUCGUCGACGAGGGCGGAUCAGGAAGGGCUUGUGGAGUACCAGCCGGCGAGGAUGCCCUCGGUUUGAUGAUGCGAUCGAUGACGGGAGGGGUGGUUGCGGCGCAGGAGUUUCUUUGCUUUGUUGUCGUGGUAUGAGUCCAUGGAUGGAUGGAUGGAUGGAUAGAAGGAGGUGUGGGGGAUUUUUCUCUUUUUGUUUGACGGAUGGCCGCUGGUGCGGACAAACACGAAGGUCGGGUGUGGUGUGUGGUUGCGGCUGUUGAUGGUUUGUGGUUGGUUGAUGUGACAGUGAGUGAAGUCUUUCACCCACGCGCUCGCUCGCCCCUCUGUCGUGCUGAUGUUUGGUCAACGCUGCAUGUGCAUGUGCGUGCAGGCCUCCUUCGUGGCUCCAUGUCUCCAUGUCUCCAGGUGUGUGCAGAUGGAUGGAUGGAUGGAUGGGUGCUGCCAUUACACUUAGGGCGUGGCGCGGCGUGGCCCUAUGCAAACAUGCAGUCGCUUGUGUUUUUUGAGCUCUGGUGGCUGCUGACAUUGUCGAUUGGUGCAUGUGGUGUCUGCAACCAACUGCAUCCACGGAUCGGAUCGGAUGGCUUUUGUACGUAUGUGUGUAUGUGCAGGGGGCGUGGUGUUUUGUCCGAGUGCAUAAGGAGGGCCCGAUGUGUGUGUACAGGUAGCAUCUUCCUUCCAUUUGCGCAUCGAUGUGAGUGUGUGUACGAAAGAGACGUACACAAAGGGAUCAUCACAUAUAUACGUACGUACAUACGACACAUCCAUAACGGUGCGGUGUGUGUGAUUCAUUCAUUGAUGUCAUUGAUGUGUGGCGCGUGUGUGUGUGGAUGCGACGAGGUAGGUCCUAUCAAAAUACGUGUGGAUAUUCCUUCCAUCUCCAUCCGAUACUUCCUGUCUAAUCCUUCCUCCUCCUGCUGCGCUUUGACUCACUCUUACAUUGCUCAUACACACACACAUACAUACACACAUACGUACAUACGUACACACGUACACACAUAAUCGUCUAUCAACGAUCGGUCGGUCUUUGUAUCCAUUCUAUACACUCUCCCUCUCUCUCUCUCUCUCUAAUAAUUCACCCUCGAUUGCAUCAUGUUGAUUGAAAGUGGCGGAUCUGCGAUUGAUAAGGCUGGCCCACCACCCCACAAAAAUGCGAUGCUAGCGUGUCCUUAGUCGCCCUGGAUGCGCCUCUUUCUCUCUCUGUCGGUGAGUAAGACUGUGAAUGAAUGAAUGCGGGUGUUUCGUGCAUUGCUGCUGUGUGCUGGGACCGGCUGCCACAUGAAUGGAUGGAUGGAUGGAUGCGUUGAUGGGUGGACGUCGGCCGACCUUUUGUCUCUCCCUCUCUGUGUACUCCUACACUUGCCUACACUUGAGUGCUCGUUCUGAUGAGCGACCAAUA